AUGGAAUAACCAGAAUAAAUACCAGAAGACCCUAAGAUGCUAUUGUUGACAAUGGAAUUAAAUAGAAUGGCAUAUGAAAGGUAGAUUAUCAAAUCAAAAGAAGAACUUUCGAAGAAUAAUAACAAUACAUCUAAUAAGGAUAAUCACUAAAUUAAAGAAUAUGAAAAUUAAAUAAGAAAACUUAAAGAAGCUUUGGAAGUUAAGGAUAAAAAAUUAGACUAGCUGACUCAAGAAUUAAACUAAGAAAGAUAAAAAAAUGAACAUCUUUAAAAAUAACUUAAUAGUGCCUCUAAAUAAUUAUAAUAACCCAAGGACGUGAAAUCUUAGCCUAUUGAUGCAAAAUCGCUCUAGUAAUUAUUAAAAUAAUAACCAAAUUCAAAACCUCAGGUUUAAACUGUUAUGCAAAAUGUACCAAUAAAAGGAAACCCAACAAUUAAAUCAUACCCAGGUCAUUAGCAAUAAUAGGCUCCUUACUUAUAAUAACAUCAAUAAUAGCAGUAGCCACCACAACAAUAGUAAUCUUCACAAUCAAAGCACAUUGGCAAUUAAUAAAAGUAAGUUUAUCAAGGUUAACCUUAAUAUCCAUAAUAGCAACAACCUAUGUACAUCCCAUAAGCACAUGUAUCUUAUUAAAGAAGAUGA